AUGCCCAAGGCCGAAGUAGGCAGCACGAAAUGGGUCGGCAACAAGAUGAAAGCCAAGGGCCUUCAGCGCCUGCGGUGGUACUGUCAGAUCUGCGAGAAACAGUGUCGCGACGAUAACGGCUUCAAGCAACACACCAUGUCCGAGGGCCACGUGCGGGCCAUGUUGCUCGUCGGUGAGGAUCCGAAGAAGUUCAUCAACGACUACAGCAGGCAGUUCCAGCGCGAUUUCCUCCAACUGCUCAAGGUCGCGCACGGCGAGAAGAAGGUGCAUAUGAACAAUUUCUAUCAGCAGUACAUCAGCGAUAAGGAGCAUAUCCAUAUGAAUUCGACCAAGUGGCCGAGUCUGACGGAGUUUGCGAAACAUCUCGGUCGGGAGGGAUUGUGUCGGGUGGAGGAAGGAGAGAGGGGAGUCGAGAUCGCAUUCAUCGAUGACAGCGCUGCGGCGAUUCAGAGGAAAGAGGAGAUAAAGAAGCAGAUGCAGAGUGGCGACGGCGAUGUGGAGGCGAGAUUGCUCCAGCAGCAGAUUCGCAGGGCGAAGGAGGCGGAAAAGGAGCGG